CAUUAUAUUCAAUAACACAAAUGUUCAACAAAACCUAUCUUAUCGCUUUAUUCUUCUUUGCUUUCAUGGCAUCUUUAGCAAGCGCUAUUGUGAUCAACCCUAAAAUCACUACACCCAACUCUGGCACCAAAUGGAGAGCCGGCCAAACCGUUACCGUCAAAUGGGACACCACUUAUUUCGACGGCACUAAGAAUGUUCCUAUUCCCGAAGGAUCUUUAGGCACUAUCAAGUUGGGUUAUUUUGAAAAUGGUGAUGAAUACAAUGAGCACCUCAACUGGGAUUUAGCCUCCGGAUUCAGCUUGGCUGCCGGUUCUCGAACCGUUACUUUACCUGGUGAUCUCGUAACUAAGACCAGUUAUAUCAUCGUUUUGAUGGGUAACUCUGGUAACGCCUCUGCUAAAUUCGUCAUCCGUGCCGCUGUCUAAGCAAAAACAUGACACGCAUUCAUCAUUCCUAUUUUGUAUAUCACACAGAAAAAACUACAUGCAUUUCGCAUAUGUACUCUUUUGUCCUGUAUUAUAUCCCUUGCCACUCGUUAUUUACAUAGUCCACUUUUUUUUUCUCCACUUUUUCUCCACACCCCCAGUAUAGUUUCCCCCCCCCCUUUUUUUGUAUAUUCUUAUCCCAUAAAAAAUAAAAAAAUAAAUUUCACAGUUUAAA